AGAAGUUUUCUCCCUUCUUCUACUAUUAUAAAUAUUCACUCAAAACAACCUCAAUCAGGAAAGAAAUUGGAGCUUUUAAAUCAAAAUUCAAUGCUAAACCACUGUCCGUUCCGGCUGGAUUUGUCUUCUAAGCAAAGAUUAAUACUCUAAUCAUUUCAAAUUAAUUUCUGAAUCUUGGGUAAGAUUCAGAAAUAUAUUGUCCAUGUACAAGAAGAUUUAUAAAGGUGAAUUUAUAAAGGUGAAUUUCGUUGUCCAUGAUCAGAAUAUAUUGUCCAUGUACAAGAAGAUUUAUAAAGGUGAAUUUCGUUGUCCCAGAUGGUUUUCUCCUGAGUUAGUUCGUUUAUUAACUCGAUUGCUUGAUACAAAUCCUGCUACUAGAUUUACAAUUCCAGAAGUAAUGGAGAAUAAAUGGUUUAAGAAAGGUUUCAAACUUGUCAAAUUUUAUAUUGAAGAUGAUAAAUUGUGUAGUGUUGAAGAAGCUGAUAUUGAGUCUAUAUCAUCUGAGAAAUCUUAUUCGGAAUCCGAAUCUGAACAACAAGAUUCAGUAGAAAAUGAAAUUCAGUCACACCCUAAGAGAGUUUUGGGGUUGCCCAGACCGGCCAGCUUGAAUGCGUUUGAUAUAAUCUCGUUUUCACCAGGGUUUGAUUUAUCCGGGUUAUUUGAGGAAACAGGAGAAGAAGCUAGAAUUGUUUCCGGUGCUCCUGUUUCAAAUAUUAUCUCGAAAUUAGAAGAAAUUGCUAAACUUGUUAGUUUUACAGUAAGGACUAAAGACUGUAGAGUAAGUAUUGAAGGGUCAAGGGAAGGUUCUGUUCAUGCACAACACCUUUAUAAUUUUUGCUUUUGUUUCAGAUUAAUACUCUAAUCAUUUCAAAUUAAUUUCUGAAUCUUGGGUUUGAUAAUUUUGCUCAUAAAUCUCUUUAAAAAUUUCCUUUAGGUUACGAUUUCAUACGAAAUUAAAUUUUGUUUGAAAUUAUACAACUUUGGUAUUUAACUCUUGCCCACUGAACUAUGUAUGGGUUUGAAUUGUAGGAAUGAUAUGUUUCAAAGAUUAAACCAUUUUUGUUGUGAUUGUUGUCACAUUUUCCCUUGAAAAAUUAAAACUUUGUAUGGUGUUCCUGAACUUGCCCAUGACCUGUUUGCGAAAAUGAUUCAUUGAACCAUCAUUUUGAAUUCCAGUAUUAUCUAAAGAAUGAAGGAUUGAAAUUGUUUCAUAGAUUUUCUUACAUUACUUUUCCACUGAUUUUUCAACUAAAAUGUGCAUGAACUGGUUUUUCUUGUUUAAACUAUGGGAUCUAAUUCAUUGUAAGGCUAUUUGAUUUCUUUUUUUAAAUCCAUGUUGAUCAGCAAGCUACCUAACAUUGUGUUGUCAUUCAUGUACUACUUGCUCUAAGUUUAUAAUUUUCUUAAUCAACCGCCAGCUUUGCAAAUAGUUCUUUGUACAUUUGGUAAGGCUUAAUGAAAUGUUUUAUGUAAACAGCCGAUGGAUGCCUUACAUUUUGUCCUUAUGAAUCACUAAUUUGCCGUGGUAAUUUUUAUAGAUGUUUCCUCCUUAUGAUAAAGUGUCAUAGGAAACCAAUAGACUCUACUUUGGAACUGUCAGGCCCACUGGGGCACCCCACCACCUCGGUGGCUACCCGGAAGACCGUUCUGAAAACGGUGGCUGGUAACCAGAACUAACCUGACUUCGGCGCUGGCCAAAAGAAUAGUAGAGUCACUUAACUCGAUUUAUAACUCUGUGUUCCUUUGUGAAUUUAAAUUGCGAAAUGCUUUCAUUUUGUACAUUAUUCUUAGCUGCUGCUCUUGUCCAUUCAUUUAGUGUUACGCAAGAAUUUACAUUUUUCGCCGUUAUAACUCCUACUGGGCGUUCGCUCACCCGUUUUGUUUUGUUUUCCCC